AUGGCCUUCACCCAGAACGCAAGGACCACGCCGAGAUUCUCAUCGCCGGGGGACAGCGACACGACGCGCGGCAUCAGCGCCCUGCAUCGGUUGGGCAGCUUGGGGGACAGGCCGCGCAUCGCCUGCUCCUGGGGCUCGGACAGGUCGGACCCGAGCUCAUCCCAGCUGAACCUCGGCGUCUCCUCCGCCUCGCCGCCGCCGCCGCCCCCCAGCGAAUUCGACAAGCCCCCGAGCUCGCCGGAUCCGAUGGCCGUCACGUUCUCCGACCUCCACACCGCCGACGGGCUCAAGGCCCUCGAGGCGCACCUCGCCGGCAAGACCUACAUCUCCGGCGAUGGGAUCACCAAGGACGACGUCAAGGUGUUCGCGGCGGUGCCCGUGAAGCCCAGCGCCGAGUUCCCGAACGCUGCCCGCUGGUAUGACACCGUCGCCGCGGCUGUUGCUUCAAGGUUCCCUGGCCAGUCCUCUGGGGAUGAAGACGACGAUGAUGACAUGGAUCUGUUUGGCGAUGAGACCGAGGAGGACAAGAAAGCUGCAGCUGAGCGUGAGGCUGCCAAGCCUGCAAAGAAGAAAGAAAGUGGCAAAUCCUCUGUCCUCAUGGACAUCAAGCCAUGGGACGAUGAGACUGACAUGAAGAAGUUGGAGGAGGCUGUCCGCAGUGUUCAAAUGGAGGGUCUCACCUGGGGUGCAUCUAAGCUUAUGCCCGUGGGUUAUGGCAUCAAGAAGCUCCAGAUCAUGCUGACGAUCAUUGACGACCUCGUGUCUGUCGACACUCUUAUUGAGGAAGUGCUCUGCGAGACGCCCAUCAACGAGUAUGUCCAGUCGUGUGACAUCGUUGCCUUCAACAAGAUCUAG